AUGGCUCGACGUGCAGACCUUACCCGCGAUGAGCGUCUACGUUGCCGUGUCCUACGAGAUGAAGGCCGUACCUAUCCAUAUAUUGCCUCCCGAGUAGGCUGCUCUGAACGCCAAGCUCGACGCGCCUGCGAUUUGAUACGAAUAACGCCUCAGAAGAAAACUGGUCGACGACCAAAGCUUGCCCCUGAGCAUCUAGAGGAGGUGAUCUCCUGGAUUCAGGCGUCCUUUACGCAUCGCUGUAUGAAGAUCCAAACGACGGUCAGGAUUUUUGUUCCAGAAAAUGACAACUUAAGCGGAAACGGGGGUGAGUAG